CUCUGAGCUGCUGAAGGGAAAGUGGACUUGAGACCCCACACGGCGGAAUGAGACCCCAAUGAGUUCAGCAUGUCUUUCAAGAAGGAAACACCCUUAGCCAAUGCUGCAUUUUGGGCAGCCAGAAAGGGGAACCUGGCCCUCCUUCAGCUGUUGCUGAACAGCGGCCGUGUGGACAUCGACUGCAAAGACGGCUAUGGAACCUCAGCUCUGAUGGUGGCCUCCUACAGCGGCCAUUAUGACUGUGUGAAGGAACUCAUCAUGCAAGGGGCAGACAUCAACCUGCAGAGGGAGACAGGUUCUACAGCCCUGUUCUUCGCAGCACAGCAGGGACAUGAUGACAUCAUCAAGCUCUUAUUUGAGUUUGGAGCUUCCACAGAAUUCCAGACCAAGGAUGGUGGCACGGCCCUGUGUGUCGCCUGCCAGAGUGGUCACUCCAAAGUAGUGGAAACGCUACUCAAGAAUGGCGCCAACGUCCAUGACCAGCUUAGUGACGGUGCCACUCCUCUGUUCUUAGCCUCUCAGGAAGGUCAUGUGACCAUCGUCCGUCAGCUGUUGUCAUCUGGAGCCAAAGUAAACCAGCCUCGUGAGGAUGGCACCACACCCCUGUGGAUAGCAGCCCAGAUGGGACACAGUGAAGUUGUGAAAGUUCUGCUACUGCGUGGUGCUGACCGAGAUGCUGACAGAAAUGAUGGCUCCACUGCACUUUUUAAAGCUGCACACAAUGGACACUGCAGUGUCAUCGAGGAGCUCCUAAAGUUCAACCCAUCUCUUGGCCUUCUGAAGAACGGUUCCACAGCUCUUCAUGCUGCAGUCAUGGGCGGAGAUCCGAAAACUGUGACGCUUCUGCUGAAAGCAAAUGCUGAUCCUACUUUACGCAAUAUGAAUAAUGACCUACCAGAGGACCUCACAAAGAACGAGCGCAUCCUGAGGAUUCUGCGGCCGCAGAUCUUAAAUGGAGGAAGUUGAUGACUGUUCCUCUUGGCCCUUAGUUUUAUAGCCUUUGGUUUUUGUGGCUGACAAAAAUGCACUACACCAAGCUAAAAUAGAAAUUGCAACUACACAAUUUUAAUGGUGCCUGCUUGUAUUUGGAGCUUUAAAACUUCUGCAAGAAAUUAACAAUUACACAAAAAACAGAAUUGUUCUUUGUCCUGGGGGACUGUUAGAAGCUGCAAAUCAGUUUAGCUUUUUAUCAAUUAGAUCACACAGCUGUAGCAGGAAUAAAGUAUGGUGCAGGUGAAUUCCAAAGAUUAUGAAACCAUAGAUUUUUAACUCUAUCUUUCUUUUGGGUUUGUCUUUCUU